CUCUCGUCCCCUCAACCCGCUUACUCUCCACCUUUAAAAACAAAGCACAAAAACCUACUUCAUUGUAGGAAUUGCUGCUUGUGUUUCAAUGGCGGCUACCCUUCCAUCCCUGGCCAUUCCAGGUCAGCGAUUGGGUUCGACUACCUCGUAUGCCGCAGGUCCAGGCACACAUGUGUAUGAUGCAGUCAUCUACGCAUCCAUUGCUGGCCCCGUCAUAGUUGACCAGGCCCAGGCAAAGUCUAAAGCAAAGUCUCUGCUUACCGUCUCGCGGUCAAUCAACAGACAGACAGGAGCAACCCCGAGCGGAGCAGCUACCGUGAAGCCAACCGUCUCCACAACCGCUCCGAAGCCAGCUACUACAAAGCCCAAAUUGAAGUACAACACGCUCCCAGCAGUGGACUCAGUUGUUCUGGCCCGUGUGACACGCGUUCAGAAACGCCAAGUCACCGUGUCCAUCCUCGUCGUGUUGGACGAACUCUCCAGCUCACAGGUUUCAGAUCCGUCGAAGACGACAUCUGACAAUGACAACAUCGAGUCAAUUCUUUCGUCGGCUGCGAACCCGGAGAACCACAGUUCCUCUGACGAGUUGCGGUUUCAGGCUUUGAUUCGGAAAGAGGAUGUGCGUGCUGUCGAGAAGGAUCGUGUCAUUAUGGACGAGAUGUUCCGUGUUGGGGAUAUUGUGCGAGGCACUAUUAUCUCGCUGGGUGAUCAGAGUUUCUACUAUAUCACUACUGCACGGAACGACCUUGGUGUUGUUAUGGCGCGCAGUGAAGCUGGGAAUAUGAUGUUUCCUGUUAGCUGGAAGGAGAUGAGAGAUCCUGUUACUGGUCUUGGGGAGUUGAGGAAGGUCGCGCGUCCAUUCUGAUUGUACCGUCGCUCUAUACGAUGAUUCCGGAAAAACCUAAACGGCAUCAGGCAUGGAUGAUGUCUUCCCGUGCUGUCGCAAGUCUUCGGGACUAAAUGGUCUACGACAAGGGCCCAUCGGCCACGAUCGAAAGAAAGCGAUACAUAUCUUAUGCGCGUCUUCCAU